AUCUGGCUAUGCUGAGCAUACUUCCUAAUUGGCUGAAUUAGAGAGAGUGAAGACCUAGUCCAGAGAGGGAGGUGUAAAGCUCCAGGAAGCUAAAGCUGAGUAUAUUUGUGGAUGAGACAAGUGCAGCAAGUUAAUGUCAUUGGCUUCUGAAGGGAACAGUGAGGUGAUGGCCGCAUUUAAGUUGGAUUUCCUUCCAGAAAUGAUGGUGGAGCAUUGCUCUUUGAAUUCCAGUCCCGUCUCAAAGAAGAUGAACGGCACCCUGGACCACCCAGACCAACCGGAUCUUGAUGCUAUCAAGAUGUUUGUGGGCCAGGUUCCCAGGACCUGGUCUGAGAAAGACUUGAGAGAACUCUUUGAACAGUAUGGUGCUGUCUAUGAAAUCAACGUCCUAAGGGAUAGGAGCCAAAACCCUCCUCAGAGCAAAGGGUGCUGUUUUGUUACAUUUUACACCCGUAAAGCUGCAUUAGAAGCACAGAAUGCUCUUCACAACAUGAAAGUCCUCCCUGGGAUGCAUCAUCCUAUACAGAUGAAACCUGCUGACAGUGAGAAGAACAACGCAGUGGAAGACAGGAAGCUGUUUAUUGGUAUGAUUUCCAAGAAGUGCACUGAAAAUGACAUCCGAGUCAUGUUCUCUUCAUUUGGACAGAUUGAAGAGUGCCGGAUAUUGCGGGGACCUGAUGGCCUGAGCCGAGGUUGUGCAUUUGUGACUUUUACAACAAGAGCCAUGGCACAGACGGCUAUCAAGGCAAUGCACCAAGCACAGACCAUGGAGGGCUGCUCGUCCCCCAUGGUGGUGAAGUUUGCUGAUACGCAGAAGGACAAAGAGCAGAAGAGAAUGGCCCAGCAGCUCCAGCAGCAGAUGCAGCAGAUCAGCGCGGCAUCCGUGUGGGGGAACCUGGCUGGGCUGAACACUCUCGGACCGCAGUACUUAGCACUUUAUUUGCAGCUCCUUCAGCAGACUGCCUCCUCUGGGAACCUCAACACCCUGAGCAGCCUCCACCCGAUGGGAGGGCUCAAUGCGAUGCAGUUACAGAAUUUGGCUGCACUGGCUGCUGCAGCUAGCGCAGCUCAGAACACACCCAGUGGUACCAGUGCUCUCACUACAUCCAGCAGUCCCCUCAGCGUCCUCACCAGUUCAGCAGGGUCCUCACCCAGCUCCAGCAGCAGUAACUCUGUCAACCCCAUAGCCUCACUUGGAGCUCUGCAGACACUCGCUGGAGCAACAGCUGGCCUCAACGUCGGCUCUUUGGCAGGGAUGGCCGCUUUAAAUGGUGGUCUUGGCAGCAGUGGCCUUUCAAAUGGCACUGGGAGCACCAUGGAGGCCCUCACCCAGGCCUACUCUGGUAUCCAGCAAUACGCUGCCGCUGCGCUCCCCACCCUGUACAACCAGAACCUGUUGACACAGCAGAGCAUCGGUGCUGCUGGAAGCCAAAAGGAAGGUCCGGAAGGAGCCAACCUGUUCAUCUACCACCUCCCCCAGGAGUUCGGAGACCAGGACCUGCUGCAGAUGUUUGUGCCCUUUGGGAAUGUCGUGUCUGCCAAGGUUUUCAUAGAUAAGCAGACAAACCUGAGCAAGUGUUUUGGUUUCGUGAGUUACGACAAUCCAGUUUCGGCUCAAGCUGCCAUCCAGUCCAUGAACGGCUUUCAGAUUGGCAUGAAGCGGCUCAAAGUGCAGCUCAAGCGUUCGAAGAAUGACAGCAAGCCCUACUGAGUGCCCCCUCUGAGACUGGAGUGAGAGGGUCUUCCGGUAAGUCGGGGAGGAGCACCCUUAACGAUUCGAAGCCCCGAGGCUGUGUUGGCAGCCCCGGACCCUGAUCCCUGCCACUCUCGCAGGCACAGCUUGCCCCGAAGACUCAGCUACUGCCUUCUGUGGGAAUUUCGCUUCGUACAGAGGACAAGUUUGUGCUUUGGUUUCCAGUGUUUUACUUUGGAGUUUAGGUGCCAUAUCCUGAGGGUUUUUUUCCCCCCUUUAUUUAAAAUUUGCUGUGUUUGUAACCAGUGUGUGUUGAGAUGGACCAACACCAAACUGCCCUGGGAAGGAGGGGGAAUGGGGAAAUAUUUUUAAAAGAUGAAGAUCAGGAUUUGCCCCAGACCACCCCGAGAGAGAGAGAGGACUAAGUGGAACAAAGCGUGGCCCUAAGAGUGUCCCCAAGUGCAUAGGGCGAGUCGCUCUGGGGACGGGCGGAUGACCUGACGUUUAGUGCCCUGCAGCUGCAGGCGAAAGCAGCUUCAUAGCUGCCUUCCAUGGAAAUAGACUGAGUUUUUACCACCUAUUUUUCAAAUUCUUGUCUUGGAUUUCUGCCCCUCUUUCCUGGAAGGGGUCAACAAUUCUCUGGAAGUAAAACACCUCUUAAAUGGGCUGAUAAUACAGGGAGACAUCACCCAUUCCUGGCCUUCAAGCCUCCACUGGUAUCAGAUUGCCCUUGCCUGUUCAGUGGCUGUUGGGAAAAAGAGCCAAGGAGGUCAUUUUUAAUUAAAUCAACAUCAAAUUCUACCCUGACCCAUUUCCAACAAAUCCCCUUUCAAAAAAGGCCUCUGUGAAUGACAUUACUGGGUCUCCUUCCUUGUAGUUCAUCCCAAGCCACAGUUUUCUCCUGAGGGCAGAUCUGCAGAGUGAGCUCUCUCUCAGGCAGUGGUCAGAAGCCACACAGUUGUGGGGGAGGAGCCUGUUCCUGAGUAUCCUGAGUCACAAGACCCCUCCAGUCCAGGGUGCUGCCUUGCCACAACCAGACUUGAUACCGAGGAAGAGGCAGCGGUGCUGUGCGCUUUCCUCCUUGAUUGAGGCGUCCAGGGGUAGUGUAUUCCCACAGUUACGGCAGACACCUCCUUCAGCCACGCCAGUCCCAUUUUCUGCCCUUGGGAACAGAGAAACAACAGCACGUUUACAGUCUCCGGAUGGAUUUAGUGUUCAUUUACCUCAGUAUUUCUGUGUUCAUUUUUGUCCUCGCGCUUAGUUAGCUGCUCUCUGCCUCUGCUCUGAGAAGUGCCGUGGGCUGGGAGCCUGCAGACGCCCUGUUGGAGCAGACUGUUAGCCCUGGCCAAGGGCCGGGUGCCUGGGUCCCUGGGAGCUCGCCCUGGCCUCUCCAACAGCAGAGCACAGAGUAGAGGGGUCACUGCUGGGAGUCAGAGGUGUGCGCUCCCUGCUGUGCUGUCCCUGUGGCAGAGCCAGGGCCUGACCAUCUUGCUACAGAUGGGUGGUACUGGAUUAUCCCACUGGAGCGGGGACAGCCACUCCCUUCUCACAGUGAUAACUGGGCUCUGUUGACCUCUGAGAAACGUGAAACAUACCCUUCUUAAGCGGAACCACGUAAACUUGAAUUCUGCACACUGGGAGAAAUGUGUCCUGUGUUUCAAAGGAGAAAACUUCUAAAGGCUUCCAGGGUCAUGAUGGGAUUUUUUAAAUAAAUGCAAAAAAUAAAAAAUAAAACAAAACAAAAAAAAAUGCUAGGUUGGGGGAGACACUGUUCUGAAUCCCAACCGGCUGGAAUCAAGAAUGUCAUUUCUAUUUUUAUAGAAGUUUUAUACAGCUCCGGGGUGGAGAAUAUUUAUUACCUAAAUUAUAUCUCUGGAAAAGGCCAGGAUUUUAUAGAAUCCAGAAUGUGAUUGUUGUACACACAGGGUGCUGUGUAUGAUUGAAACUACUGACUUUCUGUGGCAUAGCAGCCCGGCUAACAUGCCCGAGGGGAGGCAUUAAUGCUGUGAAUUGGCAGAGGAAAGAGCUGUGCUCCCGGGGCGCUGCCGGCGCCAUACUCCCGACCUUCUGUUCUGUCUUCCUCCUCGGCCAGAGCUCCAUGCGCCCCAUGCCCUCAUGCCCCUCCCUCCACUGCCCCACUGCACCGUUGCCCGUGGGUUUGUCCUGGGCACAGGCGUGGCCUGCCAUCGCGGAUCCACCAAGGCCGAUCCCGCUGCUCACACUCUCCCUCCUGACGGAGCGCUGGCCCAGCCCCACUCCCCCGCCCACUGCCCAGUGUGUCGCACCACAGCGGCGCUGCCCUUGAGCACAGUUCUCUCCUGGGCCAAAGAUGGUUUUGUGUAGAAGCUGCUCCCCUCCAAGUCUCACCGUGUGAGAGGGCUCAGCCCGGGGAGUGGAGACUCGCAGUCAAGUCUUGAACAAACCUUUUCUGUCGUGGAGGUGUCACUUACAAUGUGUUUUCUGCCGUAGUUUUGUUUCUUCCUUGGGUUACAUCAUGAAAUCAUUUGCCUUGAAUGCGGCCAGACCACUGUCUCCUGGGUCCCACAGAGGUGGCCAGGGCAGGCGUGGAAGCUAAGGGCUUGGAUUUCUGGGAACCGAGGGCUCUCCCCAUAGGACGGAGCAGAAAUCCCGGCUCUCCCUGCUGAGGACCCCCUCCCCCAGCCCGCAUCUGCCUCCCCAUGGGGGAGGACCCCCCCACCUCGUCCUCCACCACUGGGCACUGUGUGGGAAAUCCAAGCCUUAGGUUCCCUUCUGUCUCUGGCAGCUGGAUGUUUUCUUGGUGUCCUCCGUGUCCUUUUUGACUCUUCCCUGUGUCCAUCGUUAGCAUGUGCAAAGUCCCCUGUCAUCCCGCCCCGCCCCGCCCCGCUCAUUUCAGGGCUGUCCACACAGUGAGCGUCCUGUUCUCUCUCUCUGUUUGGAUGUAUUGCUCUGUGUAACUCAGUGGGUCUCCCUCUUUCUGGUUUGUUUUUUUUCUAGAUUCCUGCCGUUUGUUCAUCGUUGUGCCUAAAGCAUGUCGAUGUGGCGUCAAGUACAUCGUCCAAAUCCCUGUCUCUUCAGCUUCUCUGAUGCUUGAACUCUCACCUUUGACCUUGUGUUGAUCUUUGAUGCUGACGUGUAUUUUUAUUAUGUUUGUUUCUUUCUUUGUUUUUUCUUUCCUUUUUUUUUUCUUUUCCUUUUUGUGCUGCCAAAAUUGGUUUUGCUAGAACGACUGCUGAAGGGGAAAUAUUUAAACUUGCAUUUGAAUAUAAAAAUCUAUUUUUCUAGAACUUCAUAAGAUAACCACUUGAUUUUGUGAUUCCAAUUCUUUGUAAUCGUCUUCAGAGCAGCCCUGCUAGCACAUACCGCGUGGUGUUUGUGUUUCUGUGAACACACAGCCAGUCUGUUUCUAGGCUUUGUUUCUGUGUGCUUAGUUUUAAGGACAACUUUGAAGUAAACAAUGAAAUAAAGGGUGUCACUAAAACCUUUGAGGCUCCUGAGCACAUUUUGCUGAUACAGUUUGUGGGGCUUGAGGAGACCACAUGUGUUGUUCUUAUUUUCGUUCUUCUGAGUUCUCGACUGCAGAACACACCUGGACCCUCUUCUCUCUGACAGCGGCUGCAGUUCGGGCCCCAGCUGUCCUUUCACUUUUCUUCUGUGGUCUUCCUUGGGGUGACCCUGUUGGGCACCCGGGACCCGUCUGGCCCAUCCCUCAGCCCGCGGCUCACCUCCAUGCUUGUCCUGCAGUCUCCACAGCAAAAUGUGAUGCUUUGAUUUUGUUUUUGUUUUUGUAUUGUUUUUUGUGUUUUUAUUUUGAGUAUUUUCCCACUACGAUUAUGCUCAGAAAAAAAGUUUUGCAUGUUUCCUGCUACUUCUUCACACCUUUGUAUAUAUCACCUUCACCUCUGUUUUCUAUAGUUUGUGCAAAAACUGACCGAUUUAAAAGGGUUUCAAAGAAGCUGUUUUAAAUUGUUGUGGGGUUGUUUUUUUUUUUGUUCAAGAUUGUAUUUUAUUUUGAAGUGGCAACUUUCUCCUCUAUUGCCCGUAGAGUGUGUGCCUGUGCACUUAGACUGUCACCUCUGUGGUGUCAGGUCUGAGCAGGGUGCCCAGGAUCUGGGCCACUCCCCGGAGUUGUUGGGGCGGGGCGCAGAGAAGCGGAGACAGAGCCAGCCAGCAGCUGUGGGGUGCGGGAGGCCUAAGGCAGGACCAGCACCCGGCACGGCCGGUGCUCUGACCGUGAGGGCCGCCCUGCACUGAACGGCAGCACACCUGCCCACGCUCUCCUGGGCGACAAGCACAAUACCACAGUCUUCACACUGUUUACAGCCCUGGGCACUGCCUACCCCAGCUCGCAGGCUCCUCCUGGCUCUGCUCUGCUGGCUGCGGGGGUGGGGGCCGGGGCGGGGACAACUCUUCUUGAUUGGGUGAAGAGCCACGUAGCUGCUGUCCCCGGGUGCCGGGCCAGCCAGUGCUUUGGCUCCCGAGAGGAACUUCGCCUCUCCUCGUGUCACUCCGUCCCGCCUCGGGGUCUAAGGGGCGAGAGGCAGAGGAGAGGAGAGGGCAGGCUGGUCUGAGGAGGAAGAGGGAGCAGGAGAGGAGGCGGUGGCCGGUCCUCCCUGGCCCUGAGCGCUGGGGACAGGACUGUCUGGGGAGGGUGGAGGGGAGCUGAGGGACAGGUGGGGUGGAAGCCCUGGUCAGCACCGUGCGUGCUGGGCUGGAGAGGGGGUCCCAGCAGGCUGCCUGGCCGUGCUGGAGGCCACUCCUGGCAGGAGGGGCAGCCGCGAGGCCCCAGUGUCCAGCAGGCUCAGCCAGCCCUGGGGAGUGGGUGGGAGAGCCAGGCCUGGCCCAGCGCCCACAGUCUGACUGCACAGAGCCGCCUCGCGGCAGGGGCGCCAAGGCUGCCCUCCCUGGGAUUGAGAAAUGUGUUUGCCAAUAGAUUUUACUUUCAAUUCCAAGAGGAGCUCUGGGAAAACCUGUGGAUAAAACCAAAUGCCAAAUGUUGGACAUUGUUUCCUUUUCCUUUUCUCUCUCUCAUUGUUUUAAUUGUUCUGUGGUGGUUUUAAUGGAUUUGAGACCCUGGAGCGGCAGCUGCCUUUCUGAUUUCCAGCUGCUUUUUGUGAAUAAUUUAAAAAGAAAAAAAAAAGAAACUUUACAUUUUGGAGACAAACCUGUGUGAGUUUUUUAUUGGUACAAACGUUGUAUUUAACACUAGGGGUUUUGUACAGUUUUUUGCCUUUUCUACUAGAAAACAAUGUAAAGUGAUUUCACAAUGUGAA